AGUCUCGAGCUUUCUGUUCAACUGAGUCAUAUUGCACCACUCGAUCAUUCGCUUCGGUUAUUGAUUUUAUGUUGUUCUGUAUACAAUACAGUAAAAGAAUUUCGGUAUGUAAAACUAUUCAGGCACAGUCCGUUUGUUAAAGGUCUAAAUAAGCUUCAACGACAAACCUUUUUUUGACUUGAAAAGUCAAUUCGAUGAAGGAAGGUAAAUUAGAGCAACGGGUCAGGAUAUUGGAGUUUACUGGCUGAGCAUUAUGGUUCUUAUAGAAACCAGGAUGUGUCUGCUCUUGUGGAAUGAUUAGAAAGGGAUCCCUUUGAAAAUCCUUCUUUCGUGGCUCGCUUUGUGCGAAGAUGUAUCCCUCAUUCCGCCAACUUCACUUUUCACUUUAGUGUAUCGACAGCUCUCGUUCUCCAUCAAAUCUGCAGAAAAACGUCUGAUUGUUUGACGAUGAAUAGAAGUGGGAAUUCUGUUGCUCGGUGCUGGACAUAUAUUGAUUAUAAAUAACGUGACGGUGUGAUGUAGUUACUCUAAAAAUCCAUAAAUAAACACGGCCGCCUGGAUGCCGCAAGAAAGAGUGGAUGGCUGCUUGGGAGUGACGUCACGGCCAUCAGCGUGAAUGACGGCGCCCCGGACAAAGCGGUGGAGACUCCGCCAGUGAAUCUCAACACCAAGGUGGCUGAAAUCCUCUCGCAAUUCCCAUAAGAGGACUGUCUCCCUCCCCCCCCCCCACCUCAUUUCCCGAAGCUGCUGCUCCUCCUCCUCACAGAGCAUGGCUCAGGACACCAAUGAGACCCAAGUGCCCAUGCUGUGCAUUCUGGGCUGUGGUUUCUAUGGCAACCCACGCACCAAUGGCAUGUGCUCAGUCUGCUACAAGGAGCACGUGCAGAAACAACAGGGAGGUGGCCAUGCUGGCCCCCCCGGUGACAGGGGUGAGCUAAGCGAGAAUGACCCUGCUGAUCCCGUCGAUGUUGAGUCCUCUGGGGAUGCCAGCGUAUCUCUGCAGGCCUUCGCUGACUCCAGCACAGGUGAGGGAGCCCAGGCAGAGGCAGACAAGGCCAGCUCCCCAGGUACCGUCGCCCAGCUGAUGACAGCCAUGAGCAUCUCUCAGGACAGUGGGACCGUUGACACGGAUCAGGAGGAAGAUGAGGAAGAGGAUGAUGAGGGCGAGGAGGGAACAUCCAAAGCUACAGGGGAGGCUGAUGAAUCAACGCAAGCACCCCCCGGUGGAGAUCAAAUACCUGACAAGGGUAAAAAGACAAACCGCUGCUUUACCUGCCGUAAGAAAGUGGGCCUUACAGGCUUUGAUUGCCGCUGCGGUCACCUCUUCUGCGCCGCACACCGCUACUCGGACAAGCACGAGUGCCCUUUCGACUACCGGGGGGAGGCGGCGGCGCGUCUGCGCAAGGAGAACCCCAUCGUGGUGGCAGAGAAGAUCCAGAAGCUGUGAGCAACAGGCCUGAUUUUCUUUGAACUGCUUCUUUAAGAUUGAGAUCAUGGUGGAUUUUAUUGAUCCCAGUAGGAAGUUCUGGGUCUUGCUGCUGUUUGUAACCAGAAUUCCCCGCUGGCAUCAAUAAAAUCCAUCUUAAUCUUAAUCUUAAAUUAGUAAUGAAAUGUGGCUUAAGCCACUUGCUACAGUGACUUUUUUUGUAUUUUUCCUCCCUUUUUUGGUGAAAGGACGACUAAAACGGCAUUACCUCCACCACCACAACCAUUACUACCCACAAAAACUGUCUUAUCUUCAAUGCUUUUCUUUCUGAUUGUAACCUCAGAUUGAGUUACAAGGUCUCCUGUGUUAACAUUGUUUUGAGAGGGAGAGAACUGCAGGGUUGGAGCAUCUUCUAUUUCUGGAGCCUCUUUGUUUUAACAUGUUUUAUAUGCCACUGGUUUAACAUAAAUGGACAAAAAACACCAUUUACCAUGUGCAGUCAGUCAAGUCUGCCUGUUCUGGAAGCACCUUUUUUAAUUCUUUUGCUCUCUGACAAUUGGUCCGACAUAUGCAAACAAACACAAUUAUGGUUUUUCGGGAUGUAUUACAUUUUAAGUUUCUGAGCGCAUGUGUAGGGUUGUAGAGCAGAGGGUGACUGAUAUGUACUUUCUCUGGAUGAGUGUUUGGUGACCAUAUUGCAGUUUGCUUUGUGUGUGUGUGUGUGUGUGUGUGUGUGUGAGUGAUUGCUUUCUAUUUAUUUUAUGGUUUUUAAACGUUGGUUUAAAAAGUGGGUUCGCAAUGGACAGAAAGAUGCAUGUGUGAGCAAGCUAUUAAAUAGGUUACUCUCUUGAAUGUUGAAUUGUAUUUAUGCAUUUUCUUCAAGUAUGUAACCAGCUUUAGCGAGAGACACACAAGCAACUGGAGUUUAGUUCCUUCAGGAAACAAAGCACAGCUACCAAGUUGUUCCAAGUUAUAAAGUAUCUGUUACGUGGCACACAUACACAGCUUAAAUAAAAAUUCCACUGCUGUACUAUCAAAAGAGCAGUUCAUCUAUCUUUGUUUUGCUAAGUGGCAUCGAGUGGAUAUAGCUAGAAGUAUUUUUUUCUGUUUAGUUGGAAUAUCAAAUUAAAAAUAUAUUGUUGCAACUAUGAGGAGGAAAAAUAGGUUUCCUUAUGCUACAGAGCAGAAUUGUGGUUUGCCUAGUUGACCUUUUUCAGAAGUACUAUUUGAAACUACUGGCAGGUCACAAAGCUAAUCUCAAGGGUUUGAUUUGCAUGAAAUGAAUGACGUCAUGGGUCAUAUUUAGCAGGGUGUUGUUGACGCUGACAUGUAAUGGAACUCUAUGGCUGUGACAGAUUUGGAGUUUCACUUGCACAAAAAAUGUUCUGAGGGUGGAAGGAAAAAUUAUUGGUUCAGAGAAAUAACCAAUCAGAUUGUGGAGGAGGUGGGUCCAAGCAACUGGAGGAGGCAGGAACAACCAAUCAUAUGUCUUGGACCCACCUCCUCUACAAUCUGUUUGGUUAUCUCCCUUAUUAGUCAUUUCUCAUUCUGCCCUCAGAACAUUUUUGUGUAAGCAAAAAACUCCAAUGAGCAUUUGGAACCCAAAUAACCCAUGAAAUUUCAUCAAGGAUUCUUAUUUGUAGGCUUGCAGGCAAGUAAGUGGAAAGUCUAUAAAUGCAUUAUAGUACUACUGGACUGUGAUGAGCCUAGUAUAAUGGAGCAAUUGCAAAUGGUGUUUUGGUGGGCUUGGUCCUGUGUGCGAGGAACUUGCCAGCGAUAGCAGCCUUCAGCUAAUGGAUCACAUGGCCUGUCAGCUUGUUGGUGUGCAGUCACCUCUUCAGCCACGCUGCCAGUCACUCUCUAACUUGUAUUUUGCUUUUCCAGCUGGGAGGUUCCUUAGCUGGAGGCUAACCUGACACUGUAACACAAGUCUUAGCUCAAGCUUGGUUUGAUUUGAUUACCUUGUUUGUUUGCGUGUGUGUUUGUUUGCUUGUUUGAUGAUUCAGUUUGUUUGUUCGUUCUUUUGUUGCUAACAGCUUUUUGUAAGCGACGUAACCAACUGGCGUGUAUAAAAUGGUAAGUGGCUAGUGCAUACUGUGCCCAGUUUGUGUGCUGGUGCGUUUGGCCGAUUCUGGCAUAAUAAUGUUGACUUAUGGUCGUGGUGCAAUUAAUGGGAAAUGAAGGUGGUGAGUUAAGUUACUGGUGUGGGUUGCCCAUUGAAGAUGGAGAAAAGGUGAAUAUGGAAAGGGUCUGCUCUUAAUUUUGGCUGCGUCCCUGUUAAUAUGAUGAUGACUUGCCAGUUGCAUACAGUACAUGAAUUUGUUAAAAGGUAUGCAUGCUAAAUCCCUAUUCGAGUUGGCGUUCUCGUCGUUAAAUUCAUCGCACUCUGUAGGUUUCUGUUAUCAGACACACUUGCUGAGUGUGCGUUUACCUCGGACCAGCUGCGUAAUAUACGUUUAUUCUAGGUAGCCAACAGACACAACCCUGGAUCUUCUACCACAAUGUUUCAUCCUGCUUCAUCUCCAUUUUAAACCCUAAUCCUUGUCAAUCCGAAAUUUAAAUCUCCAUAAUGAAACGAAAACAGAAACUAAACUUGUCCUCAGUAAUAUGUAUUUAUUUGGAGAUCACAUCAGUUUUAUACCAACUGGAUCUGACUGAAUCUGCUUGGCCAUGAUCGUCCUGCUGUUUUGUUGGUGGCCUGGAUUUAAGGUGCUAAGCACAAAUAAUUGAUGUAAAUAUUCUGGUUUGGUUUGAAGUUUUUUUUUUUUAAGAGAGCAUUCUGAUCCAAAUUUAUUUAAACAUCCCACGUUCCCUCAAGGGCUUAAUUUUAUUUCUAAAUCCUCCCAAAAUCAUUUUGUCUAUUUCGUACCCGAAGGAGUUUGACAUUGGGAGGGGACCAAAUUUGCUCUGGCAGAGAUAAUCUUGUAUGUCUCUUCUUAAUGGGACGACUGUCCGUGGUGUAAUGCGCUCAUGUGUGUGGAAUCCUCAGGAAGGAAGCAGAUUGCAUGAUGGUUUGACAGCUAAUCUAAUCAUAACCCCAAAUUCUCUGGUGUAGCUGUGUCAUUAUUAGAGGACCUUAUUGCUUGCAUAAAUCAAGAAAAAUAUAGAAUGGGAUUUAUUUAUUUGUCUUUUGGGAAGGGGGGUGCAGUGUGAUGAUAUUGCCCCCCAAAUCCCCCCUGUGUAUCUGUGACCUUUGCGUGGUAACUUUUAAACUGUGCCACAUUCUAGCAUCUGGAUAAAGAGGUCAGAUGGGUUCAGAUAACAGCAGCACAGUGGUGUUUAGCCAGAAUAAGAACAGUGAGGAGCAUAUGUAUCUCCAGGAAGCUGGCUGUGAAGACCGGUGCAAGUCCAAAAGGAGGAGGCAGCCGCCGCCGGGGAUGAGCGCGCGACGUCACGUGCAUGUCUGCCAGACUGCACUUUUCUUGCUGCCACAUCAGCAGCCAAUCUCAUAUUUCAAAGGUUUGCCUCACCAAGCUGUGCCUUGUGGUUAACCCUACCCUUUUCUCUGCAGCAGUGCUUUUGAAAGAAAGAGGGUGGGGUGGAACAUACUUGAAAUUCACUUUGGAUCCUUUUCCAGUGAACCUUUUUUUUUCUUUUUCUUUUUCUUUCAUUGUACAGUUUACAAGGGUGAGAGAUACAUCUACAGUUGUCAUUGUUUCACGCUAAUGACAAAUUUUGAGAUUUAACUAUUAAUUUGAAAACAGUACAGAGGUACCACCCUAGUCUGUUUUCCAGCCUCAAUGGUUUUUUUUCCAGAUAUACCUCUCUGUGAUGCUUAGGACUUAAGGCAGACGAGUGGCAAUAAAUAAAAGUAUUUACCGUAAAUCUGAAUAUGGGGACUUUAAGUUGUUUUGACAGCCGCCCCCUCUAACAUAUACCACCUUUUUAAGCUCUGUGCUGAGGCUUUCAGACCAGGAAAUCUCCUCUCACCAGAGGAAUGUCACUCUUCCUUUUCCUUUCGCCGUUCUCUUACUGCCAGGCUCUGCCGUCUGGCACACGGGCGGUCCGGAGCGAGUGUGACGUAAUAGCUCUGUGCGCAAACCCCUCAAAUGCUUAAUAAAAUUAUUUUGAACUCCAUA